AGCGGGGGAGAUUCCGCAGUUCAGUUUUCACUUUCUCUCUCGUUUUCUAUUUUUUCGGUUCCUGUCCUUUCCCUCGGGCCGCGAGGUUUUACUUCCGGUUGCUAGCUCCCGUCAGCCUGCGGGGUCGACAUGUUCCCUCAGGCGGCCCGGAGCCGGGGGAGUGCUUCUCUCCUGCGGUCCUGAGGGGAGCCGGGGCGCUGUCACGGCGGGACGGGGAGCGCGCGGCAUUCCUGAGGGGCAAGCCGCGGAGCGGGCGCCCUAGCCCGUGCCUAACCUGCCGGCUGCCGGGAGCCGACAGCCUGGAACGGCAUGGCAUGGAGGGGCUGAAGUUGUCAGGGGCGGCGGCCGCGCCGAGGACAGUUUUUGAGAAAGUGUCCUUGAGUUCAGACUCUCUGUUCCAGAGGACAGUUUCGCUUCUCCAAACUUCUUACUUGGACUCUGCGUCUAAGCAUGGUUUUCAGUACAGUGAAGUGACUUUGGUGAAAAAUGACAUUUUCUUAAAUGAGUACAAAAAUUUUUACCAACAAAAAAAAGCAAGUAACUAUACUUUGGAAGAACUAAGUGAAACUUACGGGUUUCUUCUAUUUGAAACUGAAAAUCAGGCAAAGUUGGUGUGUCAGCGUGGACUCUGUGUUGGUAGCAGCUCUAUUAUCACUCUGGGUGACCCGUCUAAAGGUGUAUACGUUUCCAAGCACUCAGACUGUCUUCAUCCAAGACCAUGGUAUCAUGGAAAAUCUGGUUAUAUUGUAAUCUUUAAUCUAAUUAAGGGAAGAGUCAAGUGCGUGUCUGAGAAUUAUACAACUAAUUAUACUCAGCCAUCUUUUGGCUAUGAUUGCCAUGUGGCUGCAGAUGCAAACAAGUUUUCUCCUAAGACAAGUCAUUUUCGUGCCUUUAAACUGAGUCAGUAUUACCUCUAUGAACUUUCAGGAAACACUGUUACUGAGCGACCCAGACAGCUCUGUCCUUAUGUAAUUGUAGCUUUUAACUACAGGGAACCUAAAAAGAUGGCAACAUCAAUUCAUAAAAGCAUACAUGAACUUGCUGAAAAUGUUCUUGUUCCUCCAUGGAAAGGGAAAUUAAUUAUUGGAGGUUAUGUGCUAUGUGAUAUAACACUGUGGUCCACUUACGGUACAGCAGUUCCAACUCAACUACCACAGGAAUUAGAUUUUAAGUAUGUGAUGAAAGUGUCUUCUCUGAAAAAAAGACUCCCACAAGCUGCUUUUAAAAAAGAGAAUUACUUGAUGCAGAAAGUAUGCUGCCAAGAUUUAUGCUUCAGUUUGUAUGAGACAGAGCUAUCAAACAGACAAGGGGAAAAAAUAGAUGAACUAAUAGAACACAUUAAAAAUAAACAGUUGGCGAUCAUCAAAUGCUUAGACGAUCGAGGAUUUUUUAUUUUACUUACAUCAUCAGCUUUCAUAUCAGAACUAGAUAUUGGAGGUGAACAGAUAGAUGUCAUUGGGUUACAUUUAGUCCAUUCAUCUCUGUCAACCGAGGCAAAAGAUUCAAAAGUUGAAGAUAAACCCUCACUGAAGUUGACACCUAUUUUACCUGCCCUUAAUUGUGCCCUACUAGAAGCAAAGAAAUCAUUUCCUGAGGAGGGAAUCCAUCCAAACACAUUAGUGAAGCGUAACUUCCAAGAGCUGUGUAAGGUACAUAGGAUUCCUCCGCUGCCUGCUGCUGCUCAGGAUGGAUUUAGAGAGACCACACUCUGCGGAAGCCUGACUGAUGGCUUUGACAUAGCUCCUCCAGCUGAAAAGUGCCCUUUAGAGUCUUUAACUCUGCUGCAGUCUUACUUCUCGGCUCCUGACAGUUAUGUUUUAGACGUGUCAACUGCUCUGGGUUUGUUACAGCAGCCUCAGUGUCCUAUUUCAGAUGGAAUUUGUGAUGCUGAAUUUUCUUUAGUUAUGACUCCAGAUCCUGAAUUUCUUGACUCAGAAACACAAGUAAGAAAAGAAGCGGGAACAGAAGAAAAUUCUAAAGACAGGUUAAAAGCACAGAAUGGAACCGUGGAUCCAUUGAGCCCAGUAUCGAAUCUGAGAGUUCGGCCCAAGAGAAAGGCCAGCAUGCUGCGUGUGGUACCAAGUAAAAGGAUGAAUUUGUGCUGCUCCUUUCCCAAAAGUACUGUGCUGGGAGCAGGCAGUGGAUCACAGUCAGCAACUACUCUUAAGUUAGAGAAAGGACAGUGUCCUCUGAAAAGGAAAAGAGGUGCAGAAGUGCUGACAGCACAGUUUGUACAGACAACCCAGUUGGAUGGGAAAAGCCAAGAAGCUCCCAUUUCUAAAGAUGUUCCAGUGUCAACGAAUGGUAAAAGGGCACGAAAGCAAGCCAGAUCUCCAACCAAAACUGCUUCCAAGAAUAAAACAACUCAAAAGAGAUCUCCACACAAACAGAGGGGAAAUGCAGUCAAAGGAAAGAGGAAUCCCAGAGUCAGAAAGCAGCCACAACCUGCCAAAGGAGAAACUGCUUCACAACUUGAAUCAGAAGUUUCAUUAGAUGACCCAAAAGAUAGUGUAAAUACAGCUACUCAACCAGAAAAUACCACAGUGGAUCAGAAAGAUCUUUCUGAAGAUUCCAUUAUCAACUGUGAUUCCCAGGCCCUAAAUAUGUUAGCUGAUCUAGCAUUGCGCUCUGCUGUACCAGCUGCUGCACCAUCAACUGAGUCUAGAAACCUUCCUUUCUCUGAAUUGCCACAAAACGAUGUUUCAUUCUCUAAAGAAAGUACUUUGCGAGGUAGAUCUGACCAUGAAUACCAUAGGGGAAUUAAAAGUCACAAAGGUGGACUAAUUAAGCCAUCCUCUGAAACGAUGGGUAAUUCAGGGUCAGAUUUAACUGUCAGCCAAGAGGAAGACAGCUUGGUGUCCUAUAGCCAGGCCCCUGCUAAAGUCCAGUCAGCACUUACAGCGAAAACAUCAGACCUUUCAGAUGCAAGCCAAAAUACCUCGGUUACUGUGGAACAUUCAUAUGCCCUACUCCUUGCAGAACACUCCAAGAAAUAUCUACAACAGAGAGGAGUACCGGGCCCUGCCUUUAGCAAGAAUGGAACAAAAGGUCCUGAAGCAGGAACCCCAGUAGGAAAAGUCAUGCCUUUUCGGCAUCAGCAAAAUACCUCCCCUCUACAAAAACUUUCUGAGGGUCCAUUGAUAAAACGCAAGAGUCGAUUGAUGUCUUCCAGCCUUAAAGAUUCUUCUUGCUCUCGUACCGUGUUUAGCUGUGAUGACUCUUUGCAGGUCACAUUCAAAUGUGAGACAGAAUAUUCAUUCAGCUUAGAUAGCAAAUAUACAAAUAACCCACUAGAGAAAACUGUUAUAAGAGCAUUACAUGGGCCCUGGAAUACUGAUUUGCCUGAUAAUGUGGAAGAAGUGAAGCUUUUGCUUCAUAUCUGGGUAGCUCUGUUUUAUAGCAGUCAGAACAAGGUCAUAAGAUCAUCCCGAAAAGUGGUAGAACACAGCAACCCAGCAAAAUAUGUGUCUAUAAAUAGUACAUUGGAAUCUUUUGAAUUCAGUGAAAUUGAGGAGUUUCCCAAAAUGGAAACAUGUUCUGCAGACCCUCUGUUGGAGACAAAUGAAACUUGCAAAGGCUGUGCUGCCGACUUGUCCUUCCCUGACUGUAACUGUUUACAUCCUUACAUUAAAUCACCACCUGUCAAAGGCUUGCAACUGUGUGAACAGAAAGAAAUUUUUGCAAGAGAAUAUCACCUAGAUAACUCAGAACGCCAGGAUUUCAUCUAUUCAUAUAAUAGUGAGGUAGUUGGGGAAAGAGCUAAGCAAGAUUCAUCAGAUAAAUUAGAGACUUCUAAUUUUGUGCUUUCUGGUAUUGGAAAUACCCAAGUUAAUGGACUUCCUAUUCCUGUUGAAGAUAAAUUAUUUCAGCAAUUUGAUAACACAACUGUGGUUUCUUAUAAUGAUAAUAUUGCACAAGCCCCAUUCACUGCAACCUAUAAUGGGAGCAGCAGUCAAUCAGUGGUGUGUCAGAAGUCUAUGUACAGUACCCUUGAAAACAAUGAUAUUUUUCAUGCAAAUAUGCAAACACACACAGGUGCUUUACAGAGCCAUAUCCAUCAGGAUACCCCCAUUAAUGAAUGUCAACCUUCCUUGGAAAGGACAGAUGAUGCGGGGUAUGUAAUGAUUAAUGUGGAGCCAGUUACUCCUACUUUAGACAAAAAUGCCUAUCUACCAGUACAAACAGAAGUUAUAAAUAGAGGUGAUAAACUAGUUACCUUUAAUACAGAGUUGAUUAAGCAAGCAUCACCUGCUGCAGAUCUUGGACAUCCUAUAUCUGCUUUGGAGAAGUCACAAGCACAAAGUCUUGGGGACAUUUCAUCCCUAACAAUGUCAGACCAGAAAGGCAUUAAUUAUCUUUCUGCCUCCUCAGUAGAUAAUGAGAGAUUUGCUAAAGAAACAUAUUCUGUACAGACAGAGGUGUCUCUUCCAGUUUCCCCAUCACGGUCUGGUAAUGUAGUAGGAAUGCAGGCAUCAUCAUUAGUUAACAGUUCUAAUUCUCCAUUAGUCAAUGAUAAAGUGAAAUACCCUCCAGAACUACUUAUGCAGACUCAGAAUCACUUUAGCAUAUCUCCAGAAGUAGUAGAGGCAUCACAAGUUGAAGGAGCCUCAUCAUCAGCCUUUAUCACCUUGGAGAAAAAAUAUUUGCUUAACUGCAUUCCAUCAAGAAUCAAUAUAUCAGAUGACUUCUUAGGCCUAAGAAGGAAUGACGGCAGUGAUCUAAACAAUGAAAGUAUUCAUUUUGAAACAUUCAGUUCAGUAUUUGACACACAACAAACCAGUCUGUCUCCAAAUAGAGAUGAAGUUAAUCUAGAUUUACCAGGGGAGGAUUCUGAUAUUGACUUAACUCUAACACCAUCACCACCUACAAGUCCCAGAGAACAAAUGUCUUCUGAAGCAGUAGAGCAAGUUAAGGAUGCUCCAAUUUCAAAUGUCGAACUUCAGGAUAUAGGUGAAGAAAUGGCUGAGCCAGAAGAGGUAACCCUCAUGGAAAACAGACAAGUGAAUUCAGUGUAUCCUGCCAUAUCAGAAAAACCAUUAGAAAAUAAAGAGAGAAACAUUGAUAAGUUGCAACCAGUUACUUUAGUACUUUCUAAAGAAAUUUGUACCCUUGAAAUUGCUGAGGAAGUUGUUACCUCUGAUUUUCACUUUGAUUCUCUCAUUGAAGAAGUAUCACCAGCUUCUAAUCCUGACCCACCAGUUUCAGUUGAAGAAACACGACCAGUUCAGACUGUGACACCAUGCACUUUAAAACUUUAUGGUACAAAAUCUGAGAUAAGUAAUAAAUUUUCCCAGAUCGGGUCAGGAGAUUUAACCUUAGCAGAAAAAGAAAAUUCUGUUACUGGACCUACCAUUGCCAUAGUAGGUCAAGAUAACUUAACUCAGAUACAGGAAAUGCAUCUGUCUGCUGAAAUACCUCUAGUGUUAACCAGUCAUUCAGGACGAAAAGAUAGACUGACACUACCUCUACCUAGUGAAGCAACUGAGGAAAAUAAUCUGAGUAAGCAAGAUGAGGGUUUAUCUUUCUCAGAGAAAGUGCAGCAUGAUGAUACAAAGUUAAACGAAUCUGCCUCAACUUUUAAAUAUGAAGACAACCUCAAAUCUCCUGAAAAACUGGUAAAACCGGGAAAUCCCUUGCAGCAAAUUAGCACAGAGAACAGGCAUCUUGUCUCAGAGUUAAGUGAAUCUCCAUUUUGUCCUGGAAAAAUUAUUGAGAGUAAGUCUUUGGCUGACACGUUAAUGUCCGCAACUGCUCCUAGUGGAAUUGUUGAUAUGUCAUUAAAACAGCAGACUAGCCCUAAAAGCAUUAAGACAAACUUACCUCACAGUGAUUUGAAAAUAGACAGUGGCAGUUCAAGUAAGGUCAAUCUUACGAACUCCGACCCUGUUGAUGGAACUGAUGGUACAUACCUAGAAAUUCCAAAGCAUGGUUCUUCCUCAGAUAGAACUACAUUAACUUGCUACACCAAACCAGUAAGUGUAGAGCCAGGGUUUCGAACACAGGAAAUAUCAGUAGUCAGAAUGGCCAGUUUGCUUAAUAAUGAAACUGAAGCUGAGUUACAUGAAGGUAACACAAAUCUAGGUGUUAGCAGCUCUCAGUCUAAAAGCACAUUUAUAAAGAGUAAACAGAAAAUCUGCAUGCUGCAAGAUAGGUCAUUGAGUGAAACAAAAGAGCUGUUGAGUGGUGGGCUUUUCCUCAUGUAUGCUGGUCCUUACCAAAAAAUAGCAGACACCACUGAAAAUAUCAGUGAAGAGCCUUCUGCUUUCUUUGUUCCAGAAUGCUUUAACUCUCUUGUUUGUGCAAAUUCUAAGGAGCAGAAGGACAGAAAGUGCACUAGUGAGGAGUACAGGGCUGAGGCCGAUUCUGAAACACAAGGCACAGAUAUGGAGAGCAGGGUAAAUUCUGACAUAUACUUUGAGCCACUUUGUGGAGACCAUAACCAAGAUACUGUUGGGAAUUGCAGAAAUCCUAAAUUAGAUGUGGAAGAUUCUUGUUCUUUGAACGGUAGUCAUUCCAGGAGAAAAGGAAACGCUGCAAAAGAUGGUGUUGACUCUUUUAUGAGCUUAAACAGUAAUGCUAAUGGAGAUUGGAGCUACUCAGACGAAAUUCCGGAGCUGGAGACAAGCAUUCCACCCAGAAACCGGGUCACUGAUUCAGAGAAAGAAGAUAAAUGGGUACCACGCUAUAUCCAGAUCCGGGAUCUCUAUGGUGUUCCCAGAACUUACCCUAACUUUACUGUAACAAAAGAUCUCAACAAUACCUCGAAAAAUCUGCAUAGUCCGAGGAGGCAGCGAAGUUCCAUGACAUACUGUGGCUUGCACAACAUCUGGGCAAGCACUUGGCAGGUGACAGAUGACCUCACCCAGAACACAUUAGAUCUGGAGUACCUGCGUUUUACGCAUAAACUAAAACAAAUAGUAAGGAAUGAGGAUUCCCAGGAUGAUUAUCCCACCUUCUCAAAGGGAUCACCUACCCAGAUUAUGGAUGGAACAUUAUCCUUUACACAGGCACCUGAGGCUCCACUUCGACAUCCUACAUCCAGGAGUAGAAGUCCCCUUCUGGUAACAAUUGUACAUUCAGAUGACGGGGAAGAGAGUCAGCCGUGGAGAGGUCACUCACCAAGCCAUCUUGAUAGCCUGCCUUUACCUUGGGAAGAAAGUAGUUACAGUAGAAAUCUUACAAGUUCUCGAAGAAAUCGGACUGCUUCAUUCCACCUCAACAAACUGAAACACAACAGUAUGUUGAAAGAAUCCCAGAACGAUAUUUCUCUUAUUCUCAGUGAAUAUGCUGAAUUCAACAAGGUAAUGAUGAAUAACAGCCAUAUUUUCCAUAACAAAGAUUUAAAUGAUGAUUCUGGAGAAACCCCAUCUAAAGAGAUAGCUCCAUCUUUCCUAAGACAGUCUGUCUCAGUUGAGGACAUGAUUACAGACUUGUGUGCCAAGUUACAUGUCAAACUGAGAAGUGUGGUCAAAGAAGCUUAUAGAAAUGCCUUCAUGUUCUAUUUUGUUGAAACAGAAGACAAAUCAUUUUUCUCAAGAAUAAAGAGUAUUCUGAGGAAACAAGGCCAUAUGGAAAUUGAACCUCAGCAUUUUUGCCAAGCUUUACAGAAAGAGGAAGAUACACUAAUAGUCAUCAUUAGAAAUGAAGAUAUUGCAUCACAUUUGCAUCAGAUUCCUUCUUUGCUGGAGCUCAAGCAUCAAGCUGGUGUUGUUUUUGCUGGAAUAGAUUGUCCUGAGGACAUGCUAGAGUACACCCAUCAAGAGCUGUUUUGUGCAGGAGGAUUUGUGGUAUCAGAUGACAAAAUAUUGGAAACUUUAACAUUAGCUCAACUCAAGGAGCUUGUCAAAAUCCUGGAAAACCUAAAUGAAAAUGGAAGAUGGAAAUGGCUGCUUCACUACAGGGAAAACAAAGCAAUAAAAGCAGCAGCAAGAAUGGAUUCAGUUGCACAUAAGAAGAACUUAAUAUUGAAAUCAUGCCAGAAUGCAAACAUCAUUGAACUGCUUCACUACCACCCGUGUGACUCUCCAUCAUCAACAAAAACAGAAAUUUUAAAAUGUCUGUUAAGGCUGCAAAUUCAGCAUAUCAGUGCCAGAUUUGCUGUCUUCCUUACAGACAGGCCUCCUAUAUCCAGAGAAGUCUUUGAAAAUAAUGGAAUCCUUGUUACAGAUGUAAAUCACUUUAUUGAAAAUAUACAAAAAGUAGCAUCUCCAUUUAGGAGUAGCUAUUGGUGAUUCAGCUGAAGCUUGCCUACACAUUGAUGAUGCCAGCUGUUUAAUACUUUGAGAGUCUUCUCAUUUGAAAAAUCAGUUGCUCUACAACUUUUAUUUUGCUAUGGAAUGUCUGACUUCAUAGUUUAGGCUUUGAAUCACAAUUUUGAAUAUUACCAUUUUAAAUGCGUUCCAAGCUAUGAAUUGGACUUUUCAAAAUAAGAAUUCUACAAUGUAUUUACAUACUUGGAGCAAAAGUUUUUUUAACAAAUACUUUUAUGUUAAUAGCAGGCAUUUAUAGUGCAUGUUGUCCGUUUUGAAGUUUUUGCCACCAUUAUGAAAACUAAAUCUUAAAUGGUUAUUUGCUGUUAUACAAACGCUACACAGUCAAUACAUCUUUUUCCUAAAUGGUACAAAUUUGUAAGCCGUCAUUUUUCAUUUGUUUAAUUUUUGUAAAUACUACACUACAAAAUCAAUCCUUUGAAGAAAUUAUUUAUGGUAUUAGAAACAAUCUAUGUAAUCUUUUAAGACAAGCAAAAAACAUUUAAGAUACUU